AUGUCGGGCUUGCCUGUGCGAGGGCAGCGGUCUUGCUGCACCCAGGCUGUACAGGGCGUCCUGAGCACGGGCACCCUGCAAUGGCCCCUGCCCGAGGUGGGAUGUCUGCUCCACCGGGGAGCUGAAUGGCCUGCAGGGGAAAGCCCAGGGAAACAGAAAUACAAAGCAGCCCUCGGUGUUACAGAAGAGAGUAUCCAAAGAGCGUCCGUAGCUGACGACGUGCAUUGCAGCUACGGCUGGCCUAGUGCUGUGGGAGGCACUGUGGAAUGGAGGCAAAUCCCCAUGAGUUGGCCUUCCUUCUAUGAUGUGAUCAGUCCCGAUGCAAUUGCUUUCAACGAUGAUUUCUCCUAUGGGAUGCAUCGGAUUGAAAUAUCCUGCAGUCAGUGUGGUGCUCACCUCGGGCAUAUUUUUGACGAUGGACCUCGCCCAACUGGCAAACGGUACUGCACAAACUCUGCUUCGUUAUCUUUCAAGCCAGCAGACAAGAACAACGCCGGAGAAGGCAGCGGUAACGCCAGUCCUGCCCAAACAGGCAAAGCUGAGCUGUAG